AUGAAUAUACUUUUUGUGCUCUUCCUUCUGAUCUAUCUGAUGACUCUUAUCAUGAACCUUCUUAUUUUCUUCUUGGUCCUCACUGAUUACCAUCUGCACAACCCAAUGUAUUUUUUUCUUGCCAAUUUGGCAUUUCUGGACAUUUCCUGUUCAUCGGCGACCACACCAAGGAUGCUCUUUGACUUGGUCGCAAAAAGCCAAUCAAUAUCCAUUCCUGCCUGUCUAGCUCAAGUCUUUUUCUACAUCUCCUUUACUUUGUCAGAAAUUUUCUUGCUCUCAGCUAUGUCCUACGACCGCUACAUUGCUGUCUGCCGCCCCCUACAUUACACACAAAUUAUGUCCUGGAGAGUCUGUGCUCAUAUGGCCUCUAUGGCCUGGGUUACAGGAUGUUCUAUCUCUUUGGUUCAUACUUUACUUUUGCUCAGGUUGUCCUUUUGUGGACCAAAUUCCAUCCAGAACUUCUUUUGCAACCUUCCACACCUGAUUCAAAUUACAUGUUCUGAUCCCUUUCUAAACAUAGUGGUCAUAUUCUUAGCAGCUUCUAUGAACACUCCUCUCUGCGUCUUCAAAAACUGCAAAGCUGGAUUUGGAAGCACUGUCCUUCGCCUGAGGCUACUUACUAACAUAAUUUGA